CUGUGUAGGCGCGCCAUCCACGCCCUGGCUUGGGUGCCGCCGAACUGUCGCUGGGAUGAGCGCAACCCGCCGCGCUUCUCCAUGUCGCUGAACGUGCUGUUUGCGUUUGCGGGCGGCUUCACUGUUGCCAAUCUCUACUACAAUCAUCCCAUCUUGAACGUGCUAGCGCGCGACUUUAAUGUCAACUACGAGCAAGUCUCGCAGAUCCCGACGGUCAUGCAGGCCGGCUACGCAGCGGGGCUGCUGUUCUUGUGUCCGCUGGCCGACAUGGUCAAGCGGAGGGUGUUUGUGACGAGUCUAAUGUUCUUUACGGCGGCGAUGUGGGUCGGCCUCUGCGUGACGAACUCCCUCGCCGUCUUCACAGCCAUCUCCUUCAUCACGGCCAUCACAACCGUAACGCCGCAGCUCAUGCUGCCUCUGGUCGGGGAGCUCGCGCCGCCCAACCGCAAAGGCAUCUGCCUCUCGAUCGUAACCUCUGGUCUGAUGCUCGGCCUCCUCGUCGCGCGCGUCAUCUCGGGCACCAUCACCAACUACGUCUCCUGGCGAUACGUGUACUGGCUAGCCCUAGGGCUACAAUCAACCGUAACGCUACUCGUCUGGCUCUUCAUGCCCGACUACCCGCGCAGCAACCCGGCAGGCGCAAUCAGCUACCCACGCCUGCUAUGGAGCAUCAUCGCGCUGCUGGGCCAGCACCCCGUCCUCGUGCAAAGCUGCCUCAUCUCCUUCUGCAGCGCCGCGUGCUUCACCAGCUUCUGGACGACGCUGACAUUCCUGCUCGCCGACCCACCCUACAGCUACCCGCCGCUGGUCAUCGGCCUCUUCGCCCUCAUCGGCAUCGGCGCCAUGCUCGCCGGCCCCGUCUACGCCCGCCUCGUCACCGACCGCCACGUGCCCUGGUUCAGCGUCGUCGUGGGCGAGGCCAUCGCCCUCGUCGGCAUCGUCGUCGGCACGUACGCUGGGAUGCACACGCUCGCGGCGCCCGUCCUGCAGGCCUUCCUCCUGGACUGGGGGUUUCAGUCCGCGCAGACGGCCAACAGGGCCGCCAUCUACGCCAUUGCGCCCCGCGCCCGCAAUCGCGUCAACACGGCGUUUAUGGUCAUUACCUUCUGUGGCCAGCUGCUGGGCACCGCGGCCGGGAACCAUAUCUUUGCGAGGGCGGGGUGGGUGGGCAGCGGGAGCGCGAGCGUCGGCUUCGUGGCUUUGGCGCUGCUGCUGUGUUUUGUGCGGGGGCCGUGGGAGAAGGGCUGGGUGGGGUGGCGCGGCGGGUGGGGCAUU